GAAUAUGUGGGUUGUGCUUAGAAAAGCUUAAAAGUUGUUCAAUUUAGAUCUUAAGGGAGUUGAAAAGUUUAAUUCCUAUACACCAUUGUGCUUCUAGUCUGUAGGAGUAGGAGAUAAAUUCUUAAUCUGACGAUAGAUGUUAACUGGUGGGACAGCAGGACAUCAAGAACUAAAUUUCAGCAACUUAUAUUUUCCAACUAAAGCUUGGGAAGUGGCACAAGGGCCUUUAAAGAAUUUGAUGAUGAUGGGCUUCAUGAUGUGGAUGGCUGGCAGUACAGUGCAUCUCUUUAGCAUUGGCAACACAUUUUCAGCUCUUUGGCAGCCUAUAAGUGCUUUGCAAGGGGCUGGAUAGGGUUUUGAACCUUAUAAAGACAGUGGAGUAGAUCUCCUUGGUCCCAAGCUGCUCUUUGUUGCCCUUAAUUUGGGGGGUCUAGCUCUUGGUGUUUGGAAGCUUAACAAAUUGGGGCUUCUUCUGAGACAUGCAUCAGACUGGGUUUCAUCAUUACCCCCUGCCCAGGAAGUCGAGUAUUUGGGUGGAGGCAUUCCUCUGUAGUGAGGCAGCUUUUCAUCUUAAUCACCAACUCACAGAAGCAGAUUAGACUUGCAACCUAUUUUUGGUUGCUUGAAGUGUGUCAGUCUAAAGAACAUGCCAUUGAUUCUCCUAUAUCUUACAAAUCAUAGUUUUCAUUAUGUGGGAUGACAUAUAGGUUGAAUGUAUUUCCAUACAACUUACCAUAUGUUUGGGUGAAGGGGAAUGGAGGGGAGGGGAACUGUAUCCCUCCAUUCCCCUUCCCUCACCUCUUCUCAUUUGGAUAAGUUAAUCAAUUAAAAGAAAAAAUAAAGCAAACGGCUUUAU